CACAACACAGCUCAACGUAAAUACAUCGUGUUGGAGAUAGCAUCGCAAUUUUUGCGAUAUAUUUAGGACAAACCAGCGAGCCCCGUCUUUCUCGACAUGGGAGGGGGUGAUCUCAACUUGAAGAAGAGUUGGCACCCGCAAACUCUGAAGAAUAUCGAGCGCGUGUGGAAAGCGGAGCAGAAGUAUGAAGCGGAGCGAAAGAAGAUCGAGGAGCUACAGAAGGAGUUGAAAGAAGAGAGGGCUCGAGAAGAAAUAACAAGAUUCGCGCAAGAGACGGGCGCUAUCAAGAAGAAAGAUGACCGUCUCGACUGGAUGUACCAGGGCCCAGCAGGGCAGAUCUCGCGGGAGGAGUACCUGCUCGGACGCCCCAUCGACAAGCAGAUCACCCAGCAGUACGAGGAGCCAGAGAGUGGCCCGUCAGCCGAAACAGGACUCCUGCCUGGGUCAAUUUUCAGCACCUCCACUACUGUCAACAACCUUGACCUGGCUGCCAAGAUCAGAGAAGAUCCUUUAUUUGAUAUCAGAAAGCGAGAGGAGGAGAAAAAGAGAAGUGUUCUCACAAAUCCUGUGAAGAUGAAGGAGAUUAAAGAGAUGCUCCGUCAAAAUCUGGAGGAGAAGAAGAAGAAGAAAAAAAGGAAGAAGGACAAGAAAGAAAAGAGAGAAGACAAAGAGAGGAAAAAAGAAAAGAAACACAAGAGGAGAAGUUCCAGUUCUGAUGAUGAAGAUAGGAAACCAAGGUCCCACUCAAAGGAGGAAAAUCCAAGGGUUACAAACUCCCACUCACACCAUAAACCUGGCUAUGGAUUACAGUUACCAGCUAACCGGUCGGCUUCAGACCAUGUAGAUAAGCAUGCGAGAGAUCGGAGUCGUUCUCCACUGUCACGCAGAAUGGAAAGAGGGGGCCACUCUUUCCACGAAUCUGACAGGAGACCCAAGACCAAAGCCCCCAGCCCCCCGAGAUAUCGAGACCGCUCUCACCGGCAUCAGAAUAACAACCACACCAAGCGUCUCUCGGCCGAAGAGCUGGAGAAGAAGAGACGGCAGAUGAUGGAAUUCGCCCAGGAAAGGGAGGAGGAGAGGGAGAGCAACGUGCGGAAAUACAGACAACAGGACGAGCAAGAGAAGACACGGGACAACGGCAAGAAUGACAGUCACGCCAGAUUCAUACAUGAUAUGAAGCUGGAGAGCGCUGCCACCUCCUCGCUGGAGGACCGGGUCAAGAGGAACAUCCACUCCAUUCAGAGGACUCCCGCCUCCCUGGAAAAGAACUUCAUGAGGAGAUGAGGGAGUGUAAGAGGGAGAGAUCAACAAAGACAAAAAAAUGGAUAACGCAGAGGGGGGCGGGGGGGUGGUGAAGUGAAAGGAGCUAAACAAACUCUAAAGUGAAAACCGUUGGACGGCUGUCUUGAUCCUGCUGUUUGGGAUUUUUCAACAUGGACUCGGAGACAGUAAGGCUAUAAUCCCCGGGAACAAAUAGAAUUGAAUGAAAUUAAGAGCAGAGUUGAGUGAUUUUUGUGCGUAACCAGAUUAACCUCACGGAGGUCUGAGAGAUUUUUCACAAUGUUCAUGUGACCAACCCAGGUACACCAGCAUUAUGUACAUGGAUAGAACAUAUAUGUAGGGUUCCUUUUUUUUUUCAUGGUUCUCUCCAUUUCCGGGCCAUAAAGCUUUUUGCCGUUUAUGUUUACCAUGCUCCCAAAGACGUGUUUUGUAUAGUAAAAGCAUUUUACUGUCUUUUGUUGGUUGGAUUAGUGGAUAUUUUAAUGUGUUUUAGUAAAUGCUAUUUGAAUUAAUUGCCUUUCCAGACAAUUUUGCAAAAUUCAAACUUAUUUUAAUCCUUUUUUUCCCCUCCUGUCAAUAUUUAGUACUAUUUUUGAGAUUUUUUUUUUAGACAGUAAGUGUACAGUUAAUGUAAAGUGCUGUAUAAAAUAUGUCCAAUGGAAUAUACGAC